AUGACACAGCGAGAUCAGAGUCGAUCACGCUCAUUUGUAAUCUGCAUCGCUGUGGCUCUUUGUGCGAUUGCCUUUUCCAUCGCAACUUCUGGGGGCAUUGAGUAUGCACUUGACAAAGAAUUACCGACAUGGUCCCGAGACAAGGCAGUCCUGAUCACGGGCGCCAAUGCUGGACUUGGCCUGGCCACAGCCCUCCGCAUUGCCCGUGCUGGAACAGCCAACACCAUUAUUCUAGCGUGUCGGAAUCCAAGCAAGUGCCAAGUGGCUAUGCAGGACGCAGUAUCGAUAUUGCCAGAGGGCGCAACCACUCGAGUCCUGACUGUUGAACUGGACUUGUCGAAACGAGAUUCCGUCAUGAAAGGAGCCCACGCCAUCCAAGAAGCGCUCUCAGACCAGGAAACGGCUGACCAGGACGUUGUUCCAGAUCUGGAUGUCUUGAUCAAUAAUGCGGGAGUAGCGUUUGCCUGGAAUUCAAAAGAGUUUGUCGAGGGUGUCGAAACGCACAUGGCGAUCAACCAUUUGAGCCACUUUUUGUUGACACAUCGUCUUUUGCCAAACCUAUUGGCAGCUGCAGGAAAGCGAACAGGUGCAAAUAUGUCUCCGCCUCGCGUAGUACACGUGUCAUCGCUGACGGCCAUCGGUUCCUGGCGGGAUGUUUCGUUGGGCUGGAAGAAUCCAAAUCCAAGGAAAGCCAUGGGCAGAUGGUUCAACUUUUUCGAUUGCAUUCGAUAUUACAGCCAAUCGAAACGAGCCAAUUUGAUGCAAACUUGGGAAUUACACAAGCGCUAUGAAGGCGCUGGAAUCAUUUCUGUGGCCGCUCAUCCUGGAUACACGCGAAGUGAAAUAUUCAGGAAAGUCCAAAUGCCAUUGUCUUCUGGUUGGAUCAAAGAGUUGGCGACUAAAAAUCCCUACUUGAGCAUGUCCACUGACGAUGGGGCUACCAUGCAACUGAUGGCCGCGUUUGCACCACCGGAUAUUGUCCCUAGCGGGUCCCAUGUGGUUCCAAAGUACUGGACUACUGGUACACCGGUUCUGAUUCCAAGGCUGCUUUCUGGGUUUAGUUUACACUACAAUUCGUUUUCCGAAAAGGACACCGCCAAUCUUUGGGAUGCUAGUAUGAAAGAGUUGGGAAUUGAGGAGUUUGGAAAGCUGGAAUCAGGCAUGGCUUGA